UUUAAAUAAUUAAUCAAGCAACCAAAAACUUUAUGCAAUUGUAGUUCAGCCCUGUCCACAUAACCUGUAAAAUUCACCAAACGACUGUAGUUUUAUUCAGCAGUAACCUACUUAAUUAAAUGAAACUGGAAAUUGUGAGUAUAUAUGACGAGUAUAUCGGAUAUUUUAAAAGUUUACAAAGUCUUUUUGAGGUAUGGAGUGAUUCAUCGUACCAUUGAGCAAUCUUUGGCUUCAUCCUGACGUGAUGCUCCUUGGGACUCGGGAAGCUGACGAAAGCUUGCUCCUGACUUUUGAAACAACUGUUUUCAGGUAGUAUCCGCUAGCUAGCAUUAGCGUACCAGCAUUAGCUAUUUAACUAGCUAGCAGACAAGCCUUUGCUUGUCAAGUCUUGCUGCAAAUACUUUCAAGAACUUCCAGAACUUACUGCUUUUUACCUAACUAUUUAAGGAGAAGCCAGUUAAGGUGGAGGGACACUUCAGCUAAGAUGUCCAUGGACAGCAGGAAGAGAUCAGCAAGUUCGUCCAACUCUGGGAACUUGGUUUUCUGGUCAUCCUCGUUUCUGCGGCAACCAGCCAGGGUCCUGAUCGUGGAGGCUCUGCCACCCUGGUGGUGUGAUACCCGUACAGUCCUCUGUGAUGCUCUUGAUAACUUCCUGUCCCUGGCCUGUAGUCUGGAUGGGCCCUGUAGGAUACCACUGCUCAGCCUGUAUGCCAUCAGCAGGCAGCAGGAAUGUCUUCUGCCAUUUGUGCAGGUUUGUGGUAAUCUCACCAGGCUGCGUUCUUGUGUCGAGGAGCUGAGGUCUAUUCCAGGCGAUGGUUGUAUCAGAGGAGCCGCUAGAGGUGGCGAGCUACUGCGGCAGGCAGUGCAGGACAGUCUGCAGCAGUUUAAACAGUAUAUCAGACAUACCAGUACUGGCAACCAGGCCAGUAACAACAUAACUUUGGAGGUUACUGUGGUGACCAGCCAGCCAGGGCGGGGCAUUGUUCGCCUUUUGGAGACGGGGCUCAAAGAUACUGACCUGGUCUCAAUGAAGCGGCUCCUGGUGGUUCAGAUCUAUAGUGCAGCACACUGGGGCCAGGGCAGCCACUCACCCGAAAACACGCACGCUGAAACUGAAGACAGUCUGAUGUUGGGAACUGAGGUCGACCUGCAGCGAGUGGAAAACAGUGUGUUUGCCAUGGAGACAGUGUUGAAGUCAUGGCUACAAGAGCAGGGAGGAGACAGAGAGCACCUACACCUCCUGCUGCCCAGCCACCAGGACAAUCCCAUCCCAGUGUGUUUGAAGUGUGACAUGCAGGAGCGUCUGAUUAGCCCCGUCCUCAUCCCCCUGAAUCCCAACCUGGGUGUGAAGACUGAGAGCUUCCAGGACUUCCUGUCUGUCACUAAGGGAUCAGCCAAUCACAGCCAACCUCCACGGAAACUCAAAGCAAUCAAGACCCUGCGUGCAGAUGGAGUGUGUGAGAGUGUGUUGUACGGCCUGCCGCUGGUGAUCCGCCCAACCACCUGCUGGCAGCUGGACUGGGAUGAAAUGGAGACCAACCACAACCUGUUCCACGCUCUCUGCCACACGCUCAGGAGUCGUGACUGGUUCCUGCUGCUGCAGGUGGAGCCCACACAGAGGUCUACAGCUGGAGGCUCAGGUGUGUGUUCUCACUACGUCCUCCAGCCAUCCCCGUCUCUCUCCUUCCUGCUGAAGCCUGUGGUCACCAGAGAGUUGCUGCUGCCCUGCUCUCUGCCUGUCUCUCCUCAGGAACCUGAACCUGAUGCCAUGCAGACUAUACAGGCUUGUCUCACUCAGCUGGAUGAGGAGUUUGUGUUCAGCCCUCUCUCUCUGAACAGUAACCUGUACCAGCACCUCAGGAGCAGAGGCCAGUUCUCUCAGCCGCGAUACCCAUACAGGCUGCAACAAGCAGCUGCCCACAGAGACCAGUCUCAACCACUAGAGGGCACUAAAGGCACAGGCAGCAGACUGCCUCGGCAGCCACAAAACCAGGGUCGACUACUGGGAUCGAGCAGCAAGGUCAGGGCUACUGUAGCUCCCUUCCCCUCUUCCUCCUCCCACUCCUCUUCCUCCUCCUCCCUGGGACCUCCUCCUGCUAAGGCCUCUCGUCCAGUUCUGACGCUCCUCAGCAGCAGGAGCAGGAGUGGCGGAAGCCGCUGGGCCCCUGCACCUACUCAGCAGGAGGAAGACAGUGAUGGUGAUGGUGUCUCCAUGGUAAUACAGUAAGAACGCUGGAGAGUGGGUGGAAGAAAGUGGGACGAGAGGGCAAAAAAAAACAGAAACUGGGAAAGGACAGAGAGAGAGGUGGUGAAGUGCAUCCUCAACAAGUCAUUUAACACACACACUUUACAGCGAGCUGCAGAAUAGCUUAUUCAGCACACACACACAAACACACAUUAGGCACAUGGGUCUCCAUUGUAAAGUUUGUUAGUAAUUAGGCAGCUCAUAAAAGCUUUAAAGACUUUGUAAAAAAAAAAAAAAAAAAAAAAAGGGAAACAUGCAUAAUACACACAGCAUUCUUUGCUCUCUAUUCUCCUCACACAAACAGUAUUAGCAAGAUCUGAAUCUAAUUAGCCUCUGUGUGUGUGUGUGUGUGUGUGCGCGUGUGUGCGCAUGUGUGCAUGUGCGUGAGAAAGGAAAGUUUCGAGUCACAUCGAAAUUCAUUCGAGGCCAUCUGCAGAGUGCUGAGGCAGCAAAAAAAAAAAAAAUCACACACCGCGAACAAUGAAGAGGCGGGAGGAAAGAUGAAAAGAAGGGAAACAGCAGGACAAUGGAAGCCU